AUGGGUUCUUUGAGCCCAUUAUCUGGCCUGUUUCCAGAGAGAAACAAUAUUCAAGUUAUAGGAUCUCAAGGUGACAGUUACGAGGAGUCGAUUAUACCAGAUGACAAUGAUAAAAUCUCAAAUUCAUUCGAUAGUAUCAAUACUGAAAUAUUGAAGCGCAUAAUCAAUAAUGAAGAUUUACAUGGAUUAGCAGGAUAUCAAGAUAAAAUACAGGAUCAACGAUUUUAUUUAGUGGAUAAGUAUUCUCAAGAGAAGAAGAAAGAGAAGGCGACCAUCAUUGGUACGAGCCCUGUACAAUCCCUUAGUGAAUUUGAUAGCAGUGACUUUGCCAAGUACAACAGGAAAAUGGCUAGAGAGUAUGAAUUAAGAGAUAAAGUAGAAAGUUUGCUUCGACAGCAAGACAGUAGAGAUGUUCAAGUAUUAAAUGAAGGUUCAUUACAUGAGAAUUACUCUGCAGGUGAAGAUCUGGGGGAUAAUGUUAAAGAUAAGAAAUGUAAUAAAUUAAAGAAAUUUACAGAUUCAUUAAUGCUUAACUCAACCAAGAAACAUAAUGUAGACUCUUCAUCAGGAACUCUCUCAAGAUCAACUUCGACUAAAACUUAUGUGAUAGAUGACGCUAGUGUGAGAAAUGUUGCCAUUGAUGAAGGUACUGUACCCGUGGGUAAGCAUGAUCCAGAGAAUACAUUUGAGCUUUCUUUUUCUGAAGAUAGUGGCGGUAAGAAUGGUCGUCAUCUAAUGGCUGAUUUAGAGAAUUUAUUUUUUGGAACCGGUGAUUCUCAUCAUAUACAAAGGAAGCUGAGGGUUAGACACAUUCAAAUGAUUGGUAUCGGUGCAUGUCUUGGUGUGGGUAUCUUCCUUACUUCAGGUAAAGCUUUCUCCAUUGCUGGUCCCUUCGGAACUCUUUUAGGAUUUAGUCUUUCGGGAAGCAUAGUCUUAGCUACUUUGCUUUCCUUUACUGAACUUUCCACUCUCAUUCCAUUAUCUUCAGGAUUUUCAGGAUUAGCCUCUAGAUUUGUGGAGGAUGCAUUUGGGUUCGCUUUGGGUUGGACCUAUUGGUUUUCGUGCAUGAUAACUAUGCCUACACAAGUAGUGGCGUGUACUUUCUAUUUGAAAUAUUUCGAUAGUCUGAAUUUGAAUAAAGGUGCCAUUGCAGGAUUUGCUACGCUUUUCAUGCUUUAUGCGGUUUUGGUCAAUUUGUUAGAUGUUAGGCUCAUGGGCGAAAUAGUUUACAUUACUGGAUUAAUUAAAAUUAUUAUCUCCAUAAUAAUGAUUCUAGCGAUGGUGAUUCUUAACUCCGGCACAGGUACGAAGUAUGAUCGAGUUGGAUUCAGAUUUUGGGAUUCAUCUAAGUCUUCUUCAAAUCUCACCUACGGUUUGUUUCGUCCCACUUUUGAUUUGAACGAUAUCGGAGAUGGAAGUACUAAGGGAAUCGAAGGUUCAGGUGGUAGAUUUCUCGCAUUAGCAUCCACCAUGCUAAUAUCUACAUUCGCAUAUACAGGGGUCGAAAUGGCGUUUGUCGCUAGUGGUGAAGCCAUAAAUCCAAGAAAGACUAUCCCCUCAGCCACAAAGAGAACAUUUUGCAUCGUUCUUGUCAUUUACGUUUUCACUAUCUUUUCAGUAAGCAUCAACAUAUACUGUGGUGACCCAAGGCUACAGCCUUAUUUUACUGGUUCUUACAGUGCACGUUAUCAAGCUGUUCAAAGGGGGGUUGGAAGCCAAUGGCAAUUAAGCCAUAAAUGUCAUACCAAUAUUCCUUAUAGCACAAAAGAUCCCGUGGACCACAAUUCGAGCCCCUGGGUCUUAGCAUUGCAAAACUUUGGUCUAUGUACAUUUGCCGCUGUUUUCAAUGGGAUUUUAAUCUUUUUCACUUCAGGUGCAGAGAUAUCUUCUUUGUUUAGUAGUUCCAGAACUCUUUAUUCUAUGGCAGUCCAGAGGAAAGCACCUACUAUUUUCCAAAGAUGUAAUAAGAGAGGAGUGCCUUACGUUUCAGUAAUAUUUUCGGGUAUGUUUGGUGUUGUUGGUUAUUUAGCGGUUGAUAGUGGUGCUGUGGAAAAUUUCAACGUUCUCUCCAACAUGUCGAGUGCUAGUACUUCCAUCAUCUGGAUGGGACUUAAUGUCUCAUUUUUAAGGUUUUAUUACGCACUAAAGACCAGAAGAGAUAUCAUAUCAAGAGACGAAAAAUCCUAUCCGUAUCGUUCACCUUUUCAACCCUAUCUAGCCUUCUAUGGGCUCUUUGGUUGCUGUCUAUUCAUAAUAUUUAUGGGAUUCACCAACUUCAUUCAUCACUUCUGGAACGUGAAAUCGUUCUUUUCGGCAUAUGGUGGUCUCAUACUAUUUGUUGUCUGCUACCUUGGUUACAAAAUGAUUGGCACUUCCAAGAUUCAGCGGCUGGAUCAGCUGGAUAUGGAUACUGGUAGACGUGAAAUGGACAGAGUAAUAUGGAAUGAAUACAGACAGUAUUCAGGGCCUUAUCGUGAAAGAUUAAAAUAUCUUUUCAAUUGGUUAUUCUAA